AUGGAUGGUGAAGCAAAGAGAAAGGCACGUCUGUCAUCGUCAACGGCGUUCUCCAGGACUUAUCCUGUCCUAGGUCACAGUAAAGCUUUACAAUGGCAGCAACGAACCAUCAACGAACUCGAGAUUUGCCAAUACAACCCGCUCGGCCUCACCUCUCAGAAGCCAGUCGUCAGCGUCCCCAAGACCUCCAUUGCGCCCCAAGGCCAAGGUGACCAGCUCAGCGACUCCCAAUUCGCUUGUGCGCAAGCCCAAGAUCAUCAGUACCGUUUCGAAUGGGUUCACUCACUCGGACAGCCAAAAGCAAGGGCUACAGUUGUCAGAACAAACCUUCGACCUCUGGAAUCCAGCUCAACGCCAAGUACACCCAACAUUCCCUACCAAUCGUCUACCAAGCCCUCGUCGGUGUCUAGCGGGGGCAGUCCACACAGACGUUCUGCAUCGGCAAUCUCAUUCACGCAGAACGGAUCCACUCUAAGUCUUCCACUGACACAAACUCCUUACGGCUCGCCUUCAUCAGACACGUUCACUGACACCGACGCGAUACGCGGCGACGGCGCGCCAAGGAUAAAGUCCAAGAUCACCAGGCUAGCGAAACCGCACGAUUUGCUCUCGCCAUCACCGCCUCAGCCCGUAUCGCGUCCCGCUAAUGGCCGGAAUCGUACCCCGUCAAUAUCCUCAGGUGUCUCUCUGAGUUCAACAAACACGUCUUCAACUACCCCGGACUAUUCAUUAUACCCAAUAACGACGGCAGUACCAGCUGCCAACCCCUACCGUUACGGCUCUGUUCGUGUUCCAUCAUCCACACCCAAUCACCACCACUACCAACCGUUCGCUCCUAGAGACGACUCGCAGAUUAAUUACGGCACGACAACUUUUAAUGCAAAGGUCGAUCCUACGACAAUACCUCUACCACCACAAUCGCCUCCCACAUCUGCAGUAUCAUUUUCUUCACGAUCUUCAGUCUCCCGGUCUUCCCGCGCUGAUUCUGCCGAUAGUCAGCAUAGCGCAUCCACCAAGCAGAAUGGCGCCGAUCUGCGCGGUGGAAUUGAAGCCCUGAUGCAGUUUGGCGCCGCUGGAGAUGAUGAUUCCGAUGGCGAUAGUUAUGACGAGGAGACGGACCUCGAGCAUCAGGCGGAGCGGAAAGUCAGGGCCGAGGCCAAGUCUAAUAGGAAGAUUGAGGAUUUGGAAAUCAGCAACAGGUCCUUGCUCGCUAUCAAUGUUACGCUGGAAGCUACGAAGCAUAGACAGGCCAAGGAAAUACGCGAUUUGAAGAGAAAACUUCGCGAGUCGAGGUUGAUUCUUCCGCCUCAGGCUUUUAAGCAGGUGAUGGACAAGGACGAUACCGAGGAAGACGAAGAUGAAGGAGAGGACGGUGAAGAAGUCCCAGGGGAUGAAACCUACCUGCACGUUAAAUUGUUGCUGGACAAUCUGUUACAGGCGGCCAAACAAGCCCUGGAGACGAAGCCUUCGGAUUUUGAGACCAGGGGUGGUGCAAAAGUGUUGAGCGCAGAAGAAGUGGAGAAUUGGCGAGAUCAUGAAGCUGACCCCCCAGGAGAUGACGAAACCAAGACUGGUGCCAAUACGUCUGUGUCGCCAAGUCGCGCAAAUGCGUCCAUUGACGAUGAAUCUGAGACGUUUGAUUCUGAGGAUGAGGUUGAGGCUCUGACGAUGCCUUCUCCUUCCAGCCCUCCGCCGCCCGUUAUAGUUACUCGUUCGCCUUGA